AUGUCACUCAGGCGUUCAGCCCGAUUGGGCGCCAUCCCAACAAUCAAAGCGCCAGCGCAGAGCUCUCCACCUAAAAUGACCAGGGUGCACAACAAUGCAGUCAACAAGCCGCGCAAGGCUUCCACAACCAAGAAAGCAGCUUCAAAAGCAACUGUCGCGGCACCCACAAAGUCCGGAAGCUCAUACUGGUCCCCAGAACCGCCAUCCAUCAACGACUCGACACAAAACCCAGCCCAUAAUCCCGCUACUAACCCCCCCGCGAACAGCAGACUUCACACACCACCCCCUCUCGACCGCCCAGUCGACCCCCACCGAACAAACGCAACUCUCCUUACACCCCAUGGCUCCUCUGUCUCGGCUUACCCAUCCCACGCAGAAGAUGCCUCGCCUUCAAAGACAGGACUCCCCCGCCCAGCCGCUACAACAGGCACCCUGCUCGAACAAGCAGUCGCGCAUCUAAUCGCCGCAGACCCCCGUCUUUCAACUGUCAUAGAAAAGAAUCCAUGCCCACUAUUCUCGCCUGAGGGCCUUGCGGAGAAAAUCGACCCCUUCAACAGCCUGACGAGCAGUAUCAUUGGACAACAAGUCUCCGGCGCCGCAGCGAAGUCCAUCCGCAAUAAAUUCCUAGCGCUGUUUCAGAUCGACCAUGCUGAUGGCAAGCGUUCGUCUUUUCCUUUGCCAGAGGAUGUUGCAAAAUGCGAUAUUGCGACAUUGCGGACAGCGGGGCUUUCUCAGCGCAAAGCGGAGUACAUACAGGGUCUGGCUGAGAAGUUUGCGAAUGGGGAACUCAGUGCGACAAUGUUGGCGAGGGCUAGUGAUGAGGAACUUGUUGAGAAGUUGAUAGCUGUGCGCGGGCUGGGGAAGUGGUCUGUGGAGAUGUUUGCGGUUUUUGCGCUGAAGCGAACCGAUGUCUUUUCGACCGGGGAUCUGGGGGUGCAACGGGGAUGUGCGGCAUUCGUGGGUCGAGAUGUAAGUAAGUUGAAAGGCAAGGGUGGUGGUAAGUUCAAGUAUAUGGCGGAAAAAGACAUGAUAGAAUUGGCUGCCAAGUUCGCACCUUAUAGAAGCCUAUUUAUGUGGUACAUGUGGCGGAUUGAGGAUGUUGAUGUGGCUGUUCUUACUGGGUGA